CGAUCGUGUUCAAGAUAAUCACCCUGCAUCAUCACCCACAAUCAUCAACUUUUUGAACAACAUGCAAUUUUCUAUCUUCUACACAGCCCUUUUCAUGGCUGUCGGCAUUGCCGCCCAGGCUUGUUCGUCGACUAUUACAUACUGCACUGGAGGCGCCUGCUUGUGCUUUGCCGAUGGCAUCACCGAAUCUCUAAACGAAAUGUGCAAAGGCAAAGGGUUCGAGCGUUCUUUAGGGCCCUCGAAAACCACGACUGAGGCAGGAGAGCGCUGCGACACCCAGUGCUGCACUGGUUAAGUCGGCCAGAUUAUUGAGGCAUUUGGAUAUCAUUGGAUGACAUUUUACUUCUGGAGUCGUUUAUUAAAAGAUAC